AAUUUGCUAGCUAUCAUACAUUAGACGCAUAUUAAUAAUUAUAUAGUUAAUAUAAGUAGACAUGCAAUCAUAAUUGACUGUAGAGUAUAUAAAGCACCCACAAGCUUCCGGUGGCUGAAAAAACAAUCAUCGCGGGAUGAACGAGUGACAAAUUUCCUGGCAAGGGCGGUCCAUUUAAAAAUCAUUCCUUCGUCCUUCGCCCCUUACCCUGCAAGUGUAUACUCGUCAGACGUUAUGGAACGUCACUAGAAGUGUCCACUUCAUUUGAGGGCUGAGGGGAUUGGGUGUGUCAUUUUAGUGUUUGGAAUGCUGCCAGUGUUUCUUGUUUCUGUUCUCGGUCAGUUUUUCACUUCUUAACCACGUCCGUCAACAAUCACCCACAACGAAGAUGGCGGCUUGCAGGGAGACGAGACGUAACUGGACAAUUCACUGUGCAUUUGCUGUGUUUAUCUUGUUAGAACUAUUUCCUCUCAACUGUAUUUCGGCACCGCUGGAACCCGAAAACGAUUCAGUUGAGGUUCAACCACCUCUGAAUCCAGGAGUUGUUGGUUUGGAUCACUCCUUGCCUUUGGCAACCGUCAGCACUGGUACAACAGACAGCAAGGCAGACACCGUAACCAAUGACAAAGCUAGAACAUCUAUCGAUGUUGAUACAACAGCAGUCACUAAGGCUGUAACAUCAGACCUAAAGGAUGCUGCUGCUACACCCAAUGAGAGUGCUACGCCUAUCAAAGACGCUACCACACCCAUCAAGGAUGCUACCACACCUUUAGAAGAUGCUACUACACCCAUCAAGGAUGCUACCACACUCAUCAAGGAUGCACCCAUUGAUGGCGUUACAGCAUAUGUCGCACUGGCCACCAAAGGGGAGGUUAUAGCUGAAUCCCCUGCCAUUAUUAAUAAAACAACUGUUGGCAAGGAAGCAGGACGGACUACUCAAGAACUACUUCCCAAUCCCACUGAUGCAGAUGCUGCUGCCACCUUUACCAUGGCUGCAGAUCCAGCCAUCAGCACCAUCACAUCCAAGCCCACCCUGGAGAAACCAAGCUCUGCCUCCAACACCAAGCUUGUCGGUCACAUGAACCCUACAGAGGAUGAUCAAGAGGACAAUCUAGAGUCCCAGGCAGAGACUGACGUGUACGACAGAGAAAAUGACGACGACGUCGAUGACGGCGACUAUGACCUGGGGCCAGCAGUUAAGGCUCCUCUGAACUUCGACGAGGAGGAUGACAUCAUGGUGGACGCAGACGAUGAACCGGUGGUGCUCAGACCAGCAGUGAAUGCUGGGAAGAUAGACGUGCGUAUGAUGGACACCAACAUCUACACCAUCCAGGAUGAGGACUCGCACUUCUUCUUCCACUUGGUCAUCCUGGCCUUCCUGGUGGCCAUCGUAUACAUCACCUACCACAACAAGAGGAAGAUCUUCCUCCUGGCCCAGAGUCGGCGCUGGAGGGACGGCCUGUGCUCUCGCAACAAUGUGGAGUACCAUCGGCUGGACCAGAAUGUCAACGACGCCAUGCCUUCCCUCAAGAUGACUCAAGAUUACAUUUUCUGAGCAGAGAAGGAAGGCGAAAAGACUGACCUGAAUUGAACAAACCUGUUUCCGGCUGCAUUGUUGACAUGCUCGCUUGCUCACAAGCUUGCCCCACUUCCUCUUGCUUCAGGACAAUCCUGGACAGGAGGGAGUUUGAUGGUACUUCAUCUCUGUAAUCGAUAACCUACACGUUUUCAAUGUUCAUCCAAGUACGUUGGAAAUAUUACUUUGUUUUGUUAACCAUACUCUGAGUUUUGAAAUGAUUUAUUUGGGUGACAAUUACACUGGUCUAUAUGAAAAACAUUCCACCAUGUUUAAGCCUUACUGUCCUUAAUAUAGUUUUGCUCUCCUUUUUUUUUGCAGAUUACACACACAGAAAAUUUGGAUGUAUAGAUUGUCAGAAUCAAUAUCAAGAUAAAUAUGUUGUGAUAUUUUGCUUGUUAGUAACUAGUUUGCCUAGCAAUGAAGGAAGGCUAUUUGUAUUUAUUAGCCACAAAGCAUUUGUAGUUGUAGAAGUUCAUAUUGUAGGAAUACAGUAUACUACACCAGUGUUUCCCAAAUCCUGUCCUCCAGUACCCCCCCAAAAACAUAUUUUUGUUAUGGCCCCGGACAAGCACACCUGGUUUCUACUUGGGGGGUACUGGAGGACUGGAGUUGGAAAACUAUACUACAAUUAUAGACCUUAAUAAAAAAUGCAGAUUUUUUUUUUUUUUUACAGCAAUACUGACAAUUAUUUAUGUUGUGGUUCUUUCUUACGCUAAAUCCAUCCUCCCUUGACUUUUGUAGACAUGCGUGAACACACCACCACAUUGAUAUGGUGGCAGUUAUUCCUUGUAAUUGUAUUUUUCCAUAAUCUGGCAUUGUACUGGUCUUAACACUUUGCUCAGAUUGCUAUACACUUAUCCCAGGACUGGUCCUCCUUUCUAUUUGUUAGGUCCUUCAUUCUUCUCUUUUUAUCAGAAAUCUGCACUCUUCAUGUGGCCUAAUGUGCAUGUAAAGCACCACUUGGACACCGAUUACCUUAGAUCAAUCAGUUCUCUGUCCCCGCUCUGGGGGCAUGUACAUCCCAAAUGGCACCCUAUUCCUUAUGUAGUGCACUACUUUUGACCAGGGCCCUAUGGCUUUGGUCAAAAGUAGUGCACUGUGUAGGGAAUGGGUUACCAUUUGGGACGUAGACUCAGUCUGGAGGAAACGAUAACCACCGUUGCUCACUCGUCAUUACCUUAACGAGCCUUCAGUUCUAAUGCCAUUAUCCUGUGACAUGAAUCCAGAAUUAUCAAUUCUCAUGCACUUGUCAAUCGCUGUUAAAUUUCCACUGUCUUUUCAGUACAGAGAAGAAGCAUUAGCCUGAGUGCCAGUCCGUUUAUGCUAACGUGCCAACUUGUCACUCAUUGUCAUGACGAGCAUGUUUGCCUUGACAAUGAGCGAUGGCAUUGGAAAGGGCACAAAGGCUGCGUCUACACAAGCAGCCUAAUUCUGAUAUUUUUUCCACUAAUUGGUCUUUACACCAAUUACAUCAGAUCUUUUUCAGAGCUGAUCUGAUUUGUUAAAAGGCCAAUUUAAUCAACAAAAUAUCAGAUUUGGGCUUCCCGUGUAAACAGCCUAAAUCUGGGACGAGGCUAAAACAUUGUAAAUAGGUGGUGGAUUUCAGCUCUGUCAGGAGCUGUGCGCACUCUGGUGUCACGACAAUCGCUAAAGCAUGAGAUGGAGAUGUCAUGCAUGGAACAGAUACGGUGUUGUGUAGCUUUCAUAUAGCAUGUGGUGGAUGAACACUGCUUUUGCAAUCAACUGUAGAGAUUCUAUAAAACACAAUUGUAUAUGGGUCCCUUUUUGUCUCUUGGUAAUGCUUCAUUUGCUACUAAAUAAAUGUUAAUCUGUU